AUGGCUGUUCUUCGUCUCAUGGGUUUCGUCGUGUAUCCUCAAAGAGAUCGUAUCACAUCUCAUCUCAUCGACAUCUCCCUCGAACCUCGAGUACCCACUGGACAUGGAUGGACAGUAUGUACAGACCUCAAUGCACGAUGCUCCCCAAGUGCGAAUUUGAUUCCUUUCCUCAAACAUCCGAUGCCAACGCCCGUCACAACAGACUUCUUGUCCUUCCAAGCCACGAAGAUGACAACAUUGACUUCUCCCGUCAGCGAUCCUCGAAGUCUUUCAACGGAAUCGCAGCCCAUACGAAUGCAGGCACCCAAUGGACCUUCGCAAGGUAGUACGCAACAUAAUCCUUUCAACCCUUCGCAUCCUGUCCAGCGCCACCCAGCUCCUGAACUUAUCCCCACCUCUCGCAACCCCUCUCCCUCCAUAGACACAACAAUGUCUCCCCUUCAGAAGUUUCGAUUUCCGAUCGUGCACACACACACUCCCUCCACUGAUGAAGAAAGGCACCCACAACCUCGAAACAGACACUCGAUCUGGCCAAUGAUCUUGCUCGGCGGUAGGGAUGCCGCACGGUGGAGGUUGGGUGGUUGGGAGGUUGCGUGGGUGUUCUUCUCUUCAAAGUCCAGAGUCCAGGAUGUUGAUGUUGAUGUUCACGUUGAGGAGGUUUGGGCUGAAGGUCGACCACACGGUGGAGGUUGGGUGGGAAGUUGGGAUGGUGAUGAUGAUGGGAUGGCCUGUGGUGAAAGUCACACGGCGGAGGUUGGGCGGGUGUUCUGCUCUCGAGAGUAUAGGAUGUUGAUGUUGUUGAUAGUGAGGUGGUGUGGAAGUCACACGACGGAGGUUGGGAGUUCUGAGGAUGAUCAUGAUGACAAGGAGGCCUGGGGUGGGAGUCACGCGGCGAAGGUUGCGUGGACGUUCUGCUCUCCAGAGGGCAGGAUGUUGACGAGGAUGCUGAUGCUGAUGCUAAUGAGAUUGAGUAGGAGGAGGAGGAGGCCUGGUGUGGCAGUCACACGGCGGAUCUUAGCGAUUCUGGAGUGCGGUGGAGUGGUAAAGGAGGCUUCGACGUUACGAGAGAGAUUAUGGAUUUGGCCCCGAUCAAUUGUGGGAGAGGUUUUCGUCGAACGCCCUACUCCAGCCCCUGCCAUUACCGAACGGCUGGCCUUGGAGGACGUCUUCUUGAAAAUCGACGAGCAUCUCGGCCACUAUCUUGCCGUACGAGGUAUCAUCAAUCCUGACAGAGAGCAGAACGAUCCCACGCCAAAUGCUACCCAUCGACGGGCUUGGGGAGAUCAUCAGAAGGGAAGCACAGCUCCAGCUUAUCGUUGUCGAGCAAAAGGCAGACCAAUCCGAAGGCUUAAUCGUGCUCUCUCUCUUCGCACGCAUGGCAGAUCUACAGAAUCCCAAGAAUGGAAUGCAACCCCAGCAUGA